UAAUGGAAUGGAAUAAGGCUAGUUAAGUCAAUGAAAAAGAAAUUGGCUAUAAGAAAUACAAGUUUGAUAGUUUAACAACAUCAUAAUUUUGGGCAUAUUGUAUGGGUCAUAUGCUUAAUGAUUUAUCAGCUGCAUGUUGGUUCAAGUAUUUAAUUUCUUAAAUUAUCAUAGCUAUCUGCUAUUUUAUUUGAAGAGAAUAAUACAAGUUGAUUUUGGUUCAUAUGCAAUGUUGUCAGGAUAAGUAGCUGAUGCAUUGGCAACUCCACUUGUUGGAUAUUAUAGUGAUAGAACAAAAACAUCAAUAGGAAAGAGAAUUCCAUGGUACAUCGGGUAUAUUUAAUGUAAAUAUUAUGAGGGGAUAUUUUGUAAUAAUCUUUUCAUUUUUGCCAGUUUGGAAUGGAAAUUUAAUAUUGGAUUGGAUGAAUGUGAAAGAUAACACAGUAGUAUAAGUAAUCAAUUCAAAUUAAUUAAAGGCUAUUUAUUAUACUGUAUUUCCUGCAAUUUUUAAUUUUGGUUGGGCCUCAUUACAAAUUAGUCAUAUGUCUUUGGUACCAAGUUUAACAUGUAGUCGAUCCAGACGAGAUAAAUUAAAUUCCAUAAGAAAUACAUUUUAAUUCAUAGCCGUAUUAAUAGUGUAUGUGACGGCAGUAAUCAAUUAAUUAAUUUAAGUUAAUAUUUUUUUAAUUGGCAAACAGUACCGAUGGUACAGAUUCAGCAUAAGCUUUUCAAUAUUUAUCAUUAAUAUGUGUUACCAUAGGGACAGCAACAUCAGUUUAUUUUAUAAUUCAAAUAAAUGAACCUAAAUUAACCUCUGAUUGUACUAAAUAUGCAAGAACUUUAUUAAGAAUUUUGAAAGAUGUAUAAUAUUAUAUUGAUAAUUAAAAUAGAGAUAAAAUGGACUUAGCAAUCCUACAAAAGUUGCUUAAGACUAAAAGAUUGCAAAAAAUUAAGUUCAAGACGAAUAAAAAAACACAUUGUCUAGUGAUGAUUUAUAGAAAUCAACAUCUGAAUCACAAAUAGAUGGAUCAGGAAAUGUCAAAUUAACUGAUGUUGAAUUUACAGAUGAUGAAGGAGAAGGUUUACAUAAAUAAAAAGCUAAUCGAGGAUCUAUGUCUGAAGAUGUACAUGAUUGGAAGUAAUUUAUUUGUUUAUAUUUUAUAGAGAAUGGUUUGGAUAAAUGGCAUUUUACAGAUUUGGAAUGGUUUAUAUGUUCUUUAGAUUAUAUUGUAAUGUAUCAUCAACUAUGAUCUCAUUUUAUAUUGCAAGUGUUUUAAAAUUUACAGAUCCAGAUUCAGAAGAAGUUAAAGUCCCUAUUUAAGUAGCAUUGAUUCCUCUCUCUCUAUAUAUUAUGAGUGUUUUAACUAGUGCUUCCUUAUCAAAGUUCUAUUAAGUUUUAGGCAAAAAAGUUACAUUGACGUAAUCAUUAUUCAUAUUAAAUAGAGUUGGAACAAUAUUAUGUUUACUAUCAUCUUCUAUUUUGAUAUUCCUAAAUGAAAAGAAUUCCUACUUUAUGUAUGCAGUAUCUCCAUUCAUUGGAAUAGCACAAGCUAUCACUUUGAAUACAGGAAUUACACUCAUCAGUGAUGUCAUUGGUUUAAAAGGAUCAAGUGGUGCUUUUGUUUUUGGAGCAUAUAGUUUUCUAGAUAAGAUUUCUUCUGGAAUAGCCUUAUUUUUUUGUUCAUAUGGAAGUGUACUUGAUGAUGAAAAUUUGGUUCGUUGGUUGACUGUACUUGUACCAUCAAUAUCCUGUUUUGCUGGUUGCUUAUUGGUUGUAACAGCUCCAACAAAGAAGUCAGAGGAGAAUGUUGAAACUUAAAAGAAUGAUGAGAGACGAACAAAAUCUUUGGUAGAUGAAUUGGCUACUUGA